AUGUUUUCAAGAUCACGCAGAGCUCACGACCAUAUUGCAAAUGAAAAUUUGGACCAGUCUAGUACCUCAUCGUACGCUGGCUCAAACAACAAUGGCAAUUCCGGAAAACACCACUACAAUGGCUAUGGCAGCAAUCUGUAUAAUGGUCACCUGAACAACCACCACCAUAAUCACUAUGGUAAUGGGAAUCAGAUUAAAAACAUUCAGGAGAACAAGAAUGGCAAGCCGUACACUAUGGAUGAAGUGUUUCAAGUAUGGUACGAUAAUCGUGAAAAGAUUUUGAACUCGGAAGUCAAGACGGAUGGGAAUGAAAACUAUAAAGUGUCAAAGCCGGAGCCUAUCUACCACUUGACUUUACAGGAGCAAUUUGAAAAGAAUCAAAGCUCGAAUUCUGAGGGUCAUCUGGAGAAUGUCAUUGGUGAUGGUCGACAAGCAAAUUUUGGCUUUCAAGGAGGUGCGAAUGGAAGGGGAUUUGAUGAGGGGGACUUUUCAAAACCAUCAAUAGGUGGAAGCGAUGAGGUGACCGAUUCUUUGCAUAAUUUGAACUUGUCAGGUCUGGCCAAUCAAAAACCGAGCCAGAUCCCUUUUUCCGCAGACCCGUUUAGCCUUGAAAGAACAUCUAGCUUUCAAGGUGGAUUUGGGAGUAAGAGCUCUGCCAGUUCAGCAUUAGCAGCGGAUCUUCCUCCUGGCUUGCCGCAACCAGCACUGCUCAUUUCAUCGGACAAGCUUGAAUGGUUGUAUAUCGACCCUUCUGGAAACGAACAGGGCCCAUUCAACGGUGAUAUGAUGCAGGAAUGGUUUACUGGUGGAUAUUUGGAUCUUGACUUGAAAAUCAGAAGAAAAGAGGAGCAAGAAUUCAAACCGUUGAAAAAUUUGUGUGAAGCUGUGCAAAAUUACGUUCAACCUUUCAAAGUGUCACUACCAGAUUUGAAUAAAAAUGAAACCGAUUUUGGAAAGAACAGACAGUCGUUGCACAACUCGAUUCGAUUGCCCUCUUCGUCUCUACCACAGUCUAUAUUUGCUGGAGAUUUUAUCAACUCGCCUGUCAACGAGUCGUCAUUUUCAGCAAAUAUUAACCUGCCAAUGGGGAACUUAAGCAGUUUGAAUAGUGGACUCCAAAGUAGUAGUGGUGUUGGUGGUGGUGGUGGUGCAAGCUACGCAGGAAUGGAUAACUUUAAUCCACUGCCAGCCACAUCAGUACCAUCGCACGAUAACUUUGAUCCAAACUUCAACUUGCCUUCCAUGCCGUCUUUACUUCAGCAACAAAUUCAGCACCAACAGCAACCUGGACUCUCUAGAAAUAACAGUGGCUGGGGCAUUGAUACAAGUUCAUCACUUGUUGGCCAGGUUUCAGGUCCAGCUUCUGCAACCGGUUCUAAUGCAGGAACUUUUGGAAUUGGAAAUGCUUCAAUGAGCCACCCAGCACCUGUUUCUCCUUGGGUUUCGAGCACUGUUCUUGGCCAAUCAGUCUCUCGAAUCAACUCACCUUUCGCAUCAGCUGUAGGUGGUACUGCACAUGCAUCUGGCGAGAACAUUGAGACAAGAAACGACUCCUUGACAGGGAACAACGACGAAGAUACAAAUGAAAGUUUGGUCAUGAACUCGGUAGUUACUGAUAUCUUGCAAGAUGAUAUCGAGAAGCCUAGUCCUGAGUUUGCACAUCCUGUGUCGGAGGAACCUGCUCCUUCGGCAACUUCGAAGCAUGCUGUUGGGUUGGAGACAGAGAAAGCGGUUGACUCCAAGACGGAAACUGUGAAAGAGGGAGAGGAAGAGGUUACAGCUCCACCCACCAGAACUGUUGAUUUGAAACCUUCAAAACCACAAGCUUUGGCUCCCUGGGCAGCAGAGACAAAGACGGGGGAUGCAAAAGACUCAGGUUUGUCAUUAAAAGAGAUUCAAAAGAAGGAGGCUAAGAAGUUUGAGCAGCAAAAGAAAUUGCAAGGCAAAUUGAAAGCUGAGCAAGCGCAGAAGGCAUGGGCUGCCACUGCAGCUUUGGAAAAAGCAGCCGCUGCUGAGCAAGAAAAGAAGAAGGCACAAUUGCCAGCGACAUGGAAUAUUGCUUCUGAGGCAACCCCUGUUGUAAAGUCAUUGGCUGAAAUACAAAAAGAAGAGGCCGAACUUGCCAAGGCAAAGGCUAAAGCAGCAGCAGCAGCAGCAGCCCAAGCCCAAGCACAAUCACAAGCAGCACAAUUGUCUGCAACCACUCCAAUUGCCUCCAGUUUUGCUCCUAGUGUGUCAUUUGCCAGUGCAUUGGCAAAUGCAGCACCAAAGGAGGACACCACAGCAUGGACUACCGUCGCCUCAUCCAAAAAGCAACCAACAAAGAAACCAACUGCUUCCACCACUUCCACUGGAGUCCCCACAUCCAAGAUCACACCCCAGUUGUUGCGUAGUGUAUCUGCGGCAAAGACGACUACACCCAGUGUCAAUAUGCAAGCAGUCAGAGAAGAGUUUUUAGUUUGGGCCAGAUCGCAAAUGACCAAUCUUUACCCAUCAGUGUCCAAAAAUGAUUUGUUGGAGAUGUUCAUCACCAUGCCCUGCAAUUCCCCUGACACUCAACAAUUGAUUGCGGAAACCAUUUAUGCAUCAAGUACCACCAUGGAUGGAAGAAGAUUCGCUCAAGAGUUUAUCAAGAGAAAAGCCAAGGCUGACCACACUUUGGGAGGUGAGGCUGCUAAGGAUUUCACUAGCUGGUCAGCAGCUAUCAUUUCCAGUGCUGACAAGGUUCCAGUUGUUGACGAAGAUGGAUGGAGUACUAGUGUGAAGCCAAAGAAAAAGAAUGCCUCCAGAAAGUAG